UUCUUGUGGGAAGGGAUACUGAAGCUCCUUGAGACCUGCAUGGACAUGGGUUCAUCAUGGCCACAGAGAUGUCCUUCUAAAGCCAGCACCAUGCAGCUAUGAAGGAAGUGGUCCAGCCACGAAGGUCCUACUUCUGAGACAUCAGAAAUAUCCAGGUGGGGGUCCUUGCCGUGCCCCCUCCAUUGUUUUUUUUAAAAUUUUACUUUAUGCAGCUCCUAGAGAAUAAGCAUCGUCUCCCUAUGUGUGUCUUCUGUUUUCCCAAAGCUCUAGCCCGGGUUUUUAAGGCCUAUUUUACAGCCAGUUAUCACUUUGAUUUUGCUAACUGGCCAGUGGAAUUUCGAUGGGACGAAGCAGGAGGCGGCAGCCUUCCGGCGACUCACAGCGACCAUGGCAAAUCCCGUAGGCGCCCUCCCCUCAAGGCUGUACAAGGAGCUUGUCCCCCAGAACUGGCCUUUGAGGCAGGUCCUUGUGGACAUCGGAGUAGCCAAUGGAACCUGAUCAGCAAUCUGAAACAGUUGCCCAGUCGAGUUGCCAGCUACAUCAUGGCUCACUCCUUAGGCCGGUGGUUGUUGUACCCAGGAUCGGUCUUCCUUUUGAACCAAGCCCUGCUCCCGAUCUUGGCCAAGGGUCAGACUCGCCUCUUGCAAGAGUAUAAUGGGAGACGAGCGAAGCUGGUAGCCCGGGACGGGAAUAAGAUCGACACCAUGUUUGUGGACAGGAGAACCAGGUUCAACAUCCCCGGAACAGAACGGGGGAACCGCCUCGUGAUCUGCUGCGAAGGGAACGUCAGUUUUUAUCAGUGGGGCUGCCUGUUCACCCCCUUGAAGACAGGCUACUCGGUGUUGGGAUGGAACCACCCUGGCUUCGCCGGAAGCACCGGGCAACCGUACCCGAAGAACGAUGCCAACGCCGUGGACGUGGUGAUGAGGUACGCUAUGCUCCGCUUGGGUUUCCGGGUGGAGGACAUUGUGAUGUACGGGUGGUCCUUAGGGGGUUAUUCGGCCACCUGCGCUGCCAUGUCCUACCCAACGCUGGGCGCGUUGGUUCUGGAUGCCACCUUUGAUGACCUGCUUCCCUUGGCUCUCAACGUCAUGCCCAAGAGUUGGAAUAAGCUGGUGGUGCGGACGGUGAAGGAACACUUCAACCUCAACGUAGGGGAACUGCUGUGCAAGUACUGUGGCCCCGUCUUGCUCAUUCGCAGGACCAAGGAUGAGGUCAUCAGCACAUGCCCGGUGGGCCUGGAGGACCAGAUAGCCAACCUCCGAUGCAACAGGGCCAAUGAGCUCUUGAUCCAGUUGCUGCAGCACCGUUACCCGUGUGUCAUGUCCCAGGAAGGACUGGAAGCUGUCCACGACUGGCUCAGAGCCUUCAACACCAAGCAGGAAGCAGCCCUUUACCAACGCUACCAAGUGAACGACGAUUGGUGCACGAAGGAGCUUCAGAGCUACAAGUCCAUCCUAGGGCUGAAGGACCACUUCCCUUGGCAGGUCGGGAAAUACAGCCAGCGCCGGGAAAAGCAACAGUUGGCCGUGUUCUUAGCCAGGAAGCAUCUGAAGAACGUGGAGGCCACCCAUUGGUCUCUUCUGAAGCCCGACGACUUCCAAAUGCCGUGGCGAUUGUAGCAGGAAGAGGGGGGAGAUGGAUACAAAAGGGAGAAAAGAGGAAGAGACAGACAGACAGACAAAGAGAAGGUCUUGGAGAAUC